AAUAUCGAACAAAUGAGGAACAAGUUAGACAUUGACUCGUCCCUGAGAAGAACAGAAGCGCUAUCAUACAUUUUAAGAGCACACAAAUGUCAGUUUGGGGGGUUUUUUUUGGCUUUUGUCAAUGACCCAAUUAUCCAUUCGGGGUAGAGAAAAGUCAGAGCUACUCCUAUGCUAUUUAAACUGAGAUAAACAAUUUUUAAAAAAUCACUAAACUACUGAAAUGUAGUUAUUUAAGAAGAUAAGAUCCAUGCCCAGGUUUGUGAGUUAUACAGUUCAGUUUUGUCACUCUACUGUUCGAGUGUCCAUCCGUCACUGACUGGUUCUGUCCAUCAAGAAUUCUUGCUCCCUGGUUUACCUUUCAUCCUUUCUCUGACCUUUUUCUCAGAGUUGUGUUGCAGGUCUACGAACAGGUUGCCAAUUAUAUCCUAAUACAGAUAGCUCUAUGGAUAGUGAAAAUUAUGAAUCAUAGCUAAAUUGUUUUGAUAAAUAUGGACUAGUAAACAUAUUAUUAUUUAUUAUUAUUAUUAUUAUUAUUAUUAUUUCUCUGACUAGUAUGUCUGCAGUUUGGGCACCCAACCUCAUGUUUUAUCCAUUUUGGGUCAUACUGAUUGAGAAACUAUAACAUUUAACAACAAAAACACUAUAAAAAAAGGAUAUCAGAGCACAGACAUAUUUGGCUUAAAUAUAAGAAUAAAUAUAAUUAAGGCAUUUACAUGUUUUCCUUGCUUCGUUUUUGUAUUCCUGAAUAAUAAUACACUAUUAGAUAUAUUAAUAUUAUUAAAAUAUUAUUAUAUGGAGAAUCCGAGAUAAUAAUUUACAUUUAUCCCCUAGAAAGUCAGUGAAAUUUAAAAAGCCAAUGUGUGAGGCAAAAAGAGAGUGAGAGAGACAGAGAAGGGGGUUGUGACAGAGGAAAUGAUGGUGUCAUGAUCUCUUGAGUACCUGUACUAUAACGGAUUUUUUGGACAGACCAGUGUAGUUUGGGUGCAAGCGUGGAGCAAAACGGACAAAGAAGAAGGCAAAGUAAGGAUGUCAAUCUCACACAGUCGUUCUACUGCUCACAUAUUCUCAUCCAAUAAUCAUUCGUGCUCCUCACUGGUCAGCAACACCUUGGCCUUGGCUCCUGAUUCCACCACUUCAUCCUCCAGUAGCCUGCCCAGUCACAUUUCCCAGAUGGAAGAAGGACCAUAUGGCUAUUCGAUGGGGUCUCAGGGACUGUCCAGGACAAGUGAUAGGAGCGGAGAGCCAAUGAUGGGCAUGGCGUAUUUGCCCUAUUCUACUUGUUCGAAUUCAACAAUUGAAAGACCAGCACAGCAGAGUCACGUUAUACAACAGGAGUUUUCUCAGUUCCUUCUUCCUCCUCCUCCGUCCACUUUUCGGCAGCCAGGGCAGAAGAGAGGCCUGAGUAAGGACAGCAUGGAAUACCGACUGAGGCGUGAGCGCAACAACAUCGCUGUGAGGAAGAGCCGGGAUAAGGCACGCCGGCGUAUCCAGCUCACCCAGCAAAAGGCCUUGGAGCUUCAGGAGGAAAAUCACAGGCUACUGCUGCACAUCGAACAACUUAGCCAUGAGGUGGACACGCUCAGUCGCUAUCUCUCUCAGCGCCACCUACAGAGCAAAGUAAAUGACUUAGGAGUUGACGAGAACUGUUGAGAGACCUUAGAAACUCACUUACCGUAGUUAUCAGGUUAGUGGACCUGAUUGCAUAAUUACAUAAAUGAAGAAAUGUAAAGGCUGUAAGAUUAUACUGUCAUAUUUUAGACUCACUCAGUUUCUAUAUCAACAGGAUAGCCUGUAAAGCAAUAUGCAGAUCAAAAUGGACCAUAAAUAUUCUGAAAUGUAGUCAGGCUAGCUAAACUGCAGAUAGCAUCACUUUAUUAAAGCGCUUUCUUUAUGUAUUCAAUUAACCGAAUAAAAGAAAAGCAGGAAAAUGGCACACACUGCAAGAAAAGACAUCUUACCAAGUGAAAAUAUCUUGAAUAUAGUCAAAUUUAUCUAGUAUUUCCUAUUAUAAGAUUACCAUACACCAAAUAAAAGAUUAUUAAACUUAUUUUGAGACAUUUUUACUCAUUCUAAGCUUGACAUUUUUUAUUCUAUUAGUAGAUAAUUUUACACCAUUUUAGAAAUAAAUGCUUAAAAUGACCAGAAUUAUCUGACAAUAGAAUUAGAAAAAGUCAAGCUUAAAAUUAGUAACAAUGUCUUAAAAUAAGUUUCAUAAGCUUAUGUUUGUUGUAUGCUAAUCUUAUAAUAGGAAAUACUAGAUACAUUUGACUGUAUUCAAGAUAUUUUCACUUGGUAAGAUGCUUUUGCAGUAGAGUUGGCCUUUUCAAUAGUCUCUAAUUUAUAAAAACAAAUUCAUGUCCAUGUUUUUUUUUUGUUUUUUUUUGUAUUUUUCCAAGAAUCCAAGUAUUUUAGUAUUAUUAUGAUAGAAAUGAAUUAAACAAAGUUUCAAGAGGA